AUGGCGGGCUCUUCAGGCUCUAUCCACGGCCUUACGGGCAAGCCCCUGCUGUAUUUUACGAGCAUUUUCGUGUCUUUAGGAGUUUUUCUUUUCGGAUAUGAUCAAGGCGUUAUGUCGGGCCUUAUUAUUGGCCCGUACUUCAUCGAUUAUUUCAACCACCCCUCGAAAGCCGAGGUAGGGACAAUGGUUGCCAUUCUCGAAAUCGGAGCCUUUAUAUCGUCCCUCAUUGUUGGCCGCGUCGGUGACAUCAUCGGCCGCCGCCGUACCAUCUUAUAUGGCUCUUGCAUCUUCUUUGUUGGAGGAGCAUUGCAGACUCUCGCCACGUCAAUGCCAAUGAUGAUGCUUGGACGAAUCGUUGCUGGUUUUGGUGUUGGUAUGCUUUCCACCAUCGUGCCUGUUUACCAGUCCGAAAUCUCCCCACCCCACAAUCGUGGAAAGCUUGCCUGUAUCGAGUUUUCUGGCAAUAUCGUCGGUUAUACGACCUCCGUCUGGGUCGACUACGGCUGUGGUUUUAUUGAGAGUAACUUAUCGUGGCGCAUUCCGCUUAUGAUGCAAUGUAUCAUGGGCGCUCUUUUGGCAUUGGGAAGCUUGAUUAUUGUGGAGUCGCCCAGGUGGCUCCUAGACAACGAUCAUGACGAAGAGGGCAUGGUUGUCAUUGCCAACCUCUAUGGUGGUGGUGAUAUUCAUAAUGCCAAGGCACGCGAUGAGUACCGCGAAAUCAAGAUGGGUGUGCUUCUUCAACGUCAAGAGGGCGAACGCUCGUACGCCGAGAUGUUCCGGCGUUAUCGUACUCGGGUCUUCAUCGCAAUGUCCGCCCAGGGUCUUGCGCAGCUCAACGGCAUCAAUGUCAUCUCCUACUACGCACCAUACGUUUUCGAAUCCGCCGGCUGGGUUGGUCAUGAUGCUGUCCUCAUGACUGGUUUGAACGGCAUCACUUAUUUCCUCUCCACCAUUCCACCGUGGUAUCUCGUUGAUCGAUGGGGCCGACGAAUGAUUCUUCUCACCGGAGCCAUUUUUAUGGCUAUUUCCUUGUCUCUCAUCUCAUACUUCCUCUAUCUGGAUAUCAAGUGGACUCCCAGGUUGGUGGUCUUGUUUGUCAUGAUAUAUAAUGCUGCCUUUGGAUACUCAUGGGGACCAAUUCCCUGGCUUUACCCUCCCGAAAUUCUGCCUCUGAGCAUUCGAUCCAAGGGUGCUAGCUUGUCGACUGCUACGAAUUGGGCUUUCAACUGGCUAGUUGGUGAAAUGACACCGAUUCUGCAAGAAUGGAUCAAAUGGCGUCUGUAUCUUCUCCACGCCUUCUUCUGUGUGGCUAGUUUUGUUAUUGUUUACUUCAUUUACCCAGAGACUUGCGGACUACGCCUCGAGGAGAUGGAUUCUGUAUUUGGCGAUGCUAGCACUGUGGCCACUCCGUCCAUCCAUGCGGAAACUGGAUCCCUUAUCCGGGGUGGAUCACCCAUUGGAUCAGGGCGUACGCCGUUCCGCUCGACGACUCCCAUCCCUGGACUGUCUCUUGACCCUCCUGAUGUCAAUGAUAACAAGGCCGUGUCCCAGAGCGGCGGUGAUGACCGAAGCAUUAGCGGAUGGCUAUCGAGAGUUGUCAAUCGUGGCCGUUCCGGCAGUCCGAGCAGUGGGCAAGGACGAUAUACUCCACUCGGCCAGCAAGAAGAUGAGGGUCGUAAUGACAAUUGA